AUGGGCUGCUGCGUCAGCAAGAAGCUCAGCGAGCCGCCGGGCGCGGCCGGUGAAGAACACCGGAGCAAGGUCGUCGAGGCACGCGACCUGCCGCCGCCCGAGGAGGAGAAGGUCAAGGAGGUGCUCUCCGAGACGCCCCGCGUCAAGCCGCGGCCUAAGCCCAAGCGAGUCGCUGGCGCCGUAGUGGCGCCGUCGGCGGAGAAGAAUGCCAACGCGAAGGACGGCGUUGCCAAGGUAAAGGGGGACGGUGGUGGCGACAGGGUCCGCAGGGCAGCGCGGCCGGCGCGUUCCCUGGAGGAGAAGUCGGAGGCGGCGUCUGAGUCGUCGGCCGCGACCACGGCGACGGGGCCUGACCGGUCGCCGUCGAAGCCGCCCAGGUACCGGCAGGGGGCCACGUCCGGCGAGCCCAGGCGCGCCAGGCGGGACCGCUCCGCCUCUGCCGCUCCUGGCGGGCGCGCGUCUCCCUCGCCGCCGCCUCCGAGGCGCGACCCCGGACGGAGGUCCCCGUCGCCGGCGGCGAAGCGGUCGCAGGACCAGCGCCGCGACACCGCGGCCUCCUGCGCGCAGCGGAAGCCGCCUGUGCCCGCGAGGCCGUGCGGCCGGAAUCCGACGCCGCGGCGUGCGCAGGAGGCGCCAACCCAGCCAACGCCGGCGCCGGCGCAGUCACUGUCACAGGGCUCUACGCACUGCGCGUCGCCGCCGACACCGCAGGCACCGGUGCAGCAGGAGGAUGCCGCCUCCUGCGGUGAUGGCGUCGACGGAGCUGGCGACGGCGAGGGGAAGGAGUCGUUGGAGAACCCCCUGGUGUCCAUGGAAUGCUUCAUCUUCCUGUAG